AUGCUCGCUGUCGUGUCCGCCUCGACCGGACUUGAAGGGGUGAUCAGAUCUCGACGAUUCGAUUGGGAGAGCAGGCAGUCAGGGCUUAGCCAGCGAGUCCGGGCACGCUACGAACGUAGGAACAACAUCGCAGAGACCAGAACCAAACACCGUGACGCCGUUCGAGUCUUGCUGGAGGAUGAGAUCGAGGACGAGGAGAAAAGAAAGAGGAGGAAGUCGAUCAAGCUUGCAAAGAAGCAAAAAAGGACGAAGUUGAGGUUGAAGUCGAGGGAGCGGCGAGUUUACUUUUUGAAAGAAGCUGGAAAAAAAGAAAAGACGAGGAUGAGGAUGAAGAACAAGAGUAAGAAGCGAGAGGAAGGCGAGAAAGAAGAAGAGAAGGAGAGGAGGGAAAGCUGA